AUGGAAGAUAAUAAUGAUGAUGAUUUUUCAUUCAAUGGUUUAUUUUCCCCAAUUGAAAAAAUCUUCGUUGAUUUCGAUUGGCUUUUCUCCAAUUUCGCAACUACAGAGUUUCAAAAUAAUCAUUAUGGUGAUGAAAAUCUUGAUUCUACUAUAGAAAAACAUGAUCUUAAUGGAGCAUUUCCAAGAACUGUUAUAAUAACAACAAUGAAACGAGAAACAAUACCAACGGGAAGAUGCGUUAUUGAAAAACAAAUUCAAUAA